AUGCCGUUCUCACAUGGCUUUGGUCUGAAGAACAGCACUGUGCACCUCCCAGUUAUGUAUGAAGUGGUGGAGGGUAACCGUGGUAACGGCGAGGAGGGGAUUGAUGUGCGUCUGUAUAUGCUCUUCCUUCUGCCGCUCCUGGUGAUGAUGUCAUUCAUCAGAGACCUGAGGAACAUGGCCGUCCUCUCGGCCCUCGCCAACACCGCCAUGGCCAUCAGCCUCAUCUUCAUCUUCACCUACAUCACCUCCGAUGUUGGUGAUCCAGGGCGGUUGCCCUUUGUGUCCAGCUGGAGGAAGUUCCCCUUCUUUUUUGGCACAGCUAUCUUCGCCUUCGAGGGCAUUGGAGUGGUGCUGCCGCUGGAGAACCAGAUGAAGGAACCAGCUCGGUUUCCUCAGGCGCUCAAUGUUGGGAUGGGUGUGGUCAUUGUGCUCUACGUUUCCUUGGCAACCCUGGGAUACCUUCACUUUGGUGAUGACAUCAAAGGAAGCAUCACACUCAACCUGCCACACGAUAGCUGGACCAACCAGCUGGUGAAGGUGCUGUACUCUCUCGGGGUGUGUGUGAGCUUCGUCGUGCAGUUCUUUGUCCCUGCAGACAUCCUGCUCCCGCCCAUCCUGGCCCGUGUGACGGACAGCUGGAAGCGGCCAUUCGAGCUGCUCCUCAGGGCUCUGCUCGUCUGCCUGACCUGUGUGAUGGCGGUGCUGGUUCCACGGCUGGACGUGGUCAUUUCUCUGGUGGGGGCUUUCAGCAGCUCUGCAUUGGCGCUGGUGUUCCCACCGCUGGUGGAGCUGCUGCUUCUGUCGUCCGCCUCAUCGUCCGCCUCUCCCUUGCUCUCUCUCCAUCCCUCGCUCUCUCCCUCUCUCCCUCUCUCCGUCCUGGCCAAAGAUCUGACCAUCGUGCUGAUUGGCAUUCUGGGGUUCCUCACCGGAACCUACGCCACCUUGGAGGAGAUCAUCGCCCCUGGCGACCAGACCCUUUACAACGAUAAUGCCACCUGGACCACGCCCACCCCUACUGGCCUGCCCACUGCCACCCCCACACACUGAGCAACACACACACACACACGCACACACAUUGACCAAAACACACACAUACUGAUCAAAACAACUGUGUGCAAACAAAUACACACAAUGACCAAACUGUAGACACACACACACACACACACAGAGGGACCAAACAGUGCCACACCCUGUGAAAUGAAAAUGGAUGUACAGUAUGUUUUGCAUUUGACCUUGCUUACAUUCCACACCACCAGGUGCUUACAUGGGCUACUUUCAUGGACCCUAACACACACACACACACAGCUGUCCUGUUGGGCACGGGCUACCUUCAUGGACCCUAACACACACACAUACACACACAUCUGUCCUGUUGGGCACGGGUUACUUUCAUGGACCCUAACACACACACACACACACUCAUCAGGUAUGUGUUUACAUGGACAGCUUUCAUGGACCCUAACACACACACACACUCAUCAGGUAUGUGUUUACAUGGACAGCUUUCAUGGACCCUAACACACACACACACACACACUCAUCAGGUGUGUGUUUACAUGGACUCUUUGAGAGGCACACACACACACAUGGAAUGUUGGGCGUCUCCGAGUGUUAACGCUACUAGAAUUUGAAUAAAUUAUUAAUAAAUUAAUUAAUCUUUAAA